AAUGAUUUUAUUUACCCCUUUAGUGUAUCUAUGUGUAUACAAAUUACGAUGCACGUAUAGGGGUAUUUUGAAAUAUUUGUAAAUGCAUUCUGUCCGCUUGCAUGAAUGUUAUGGAUCUGGUGUCAUGUUAUAGCAGCUUCUGGAUUGAGUUGUUUGCUGCUUUGCACAGGUAGACUGUCGUGCACUAAUCUCUUUCUGUAGGUGGAUUAUAGUGCACUAACUAAUCUCCUGCUUUUGCAGAAGCUUGUAGGAACUUGCAUUUGUUGUAUUCUUUAUGCAUUUCGUUGAUGUUUUGGUCUUUGCAAUACAUCCACUACUGUUGCAGGUAGAUGUAUUCAUUCGUAGACUGAAAUCGACUACAGGGUACUGCAUUUAUUGAAGUCUUUUUGCAUCUACCCAUAGGUGGCAUGUUAUACAUACAUUUGUAUUCAUAGAGAGAUUGUAUAUAUUGCAGAUCUUCUUAUCUGCUACGAGAAAGUAUCUAAUACGUAUGGUGGACCUCUUGCAAUAACUUGAGAGCACUUACAUUUAUUAUAUUUCUUUUACGCCUACCCUCAGACAACAAGUUGAAUGUAUAACGUGUUUUAUAACACUGUUUAUAACGUGUUUUAUACCACUGUUUACAUGUGUCUGUAGUUAUCACUGCUCUUCUAUAAUCGUAUAUGACGAGUUUCUCACAGCAGCUCGUAGGCACUUUGGAUUUGUUGCAUGUUCUUCUACAUAGCAUCUUUGAUGUGCAUUUGCAUUCGUAAGAAACUUGUAUGUAUUGCGUACUUUCUAUCUUUGUCUGCGGAGGUUUUGUGUAUUUGCUUAUACCCUUUUUAAUUCUUGUAGCAACUCCCACUUGUAUCUUUAGUAUACUACAAGCUUCUAUCAGUGCUUGCAAAUAAAUGUAUUUUCCUGUAUUUUGACAUUGAAUGCAAGGUAUCAUUGCACUCUUCACCGACCUCAUACAAACUAAUUAGUGGACUAUUAUAUCAUUUGUACAUUGACUAGCAAAUUGCUAUGUUCACUUGCGCCUUGGCUUUCGGCGUACAUUGGAGACUGGUAUCCUUGUUUGCAGGAUUCAUGUGAACAUUGCACAUCAGAUGCAUCGUUUGUAAGCGAUAUAUUUGCUAAAGAUUUUUGCUCCUUCAACUGCGAUCAAAUUAUAUAUCUCUUUUUAUUUUUAUUGCUUGUGAAAUUUGGAUGCUGACGAGUUGUUGUAUUCUCUUGUCACCCUUCACAGAAAACUUAUUAAUGUUUUGUGUAUCCACUAGCAUAUCUUUCUUCUCUGGUUGCAAAUGACAUGUUAAAUGUGAAAUGAGUCUCUUGUAGUGCCCCGUACACACUUGUGUUUGUUGUACCUUGAUUGAUUAUGUCGACUUGCAUAAACUGUGGGAGGAUCACACUACAACUUGCACUCGUUCGUGAAUUGCUGGAAUUGUCCAAAUGCUGUUUCGUUGAACCAAAGUCUGGUUUUAAGUGUUCCAUUCAAAAUUUAAAUCUUUAAAUCAUCAUAUAUCAUUUGCACUUGUUUGCAUGUUGGUGUUUGUUGCAUUCCUUAUACAUCCUUGUGGCUAAUGCAUUUGUCCCAAAUCAACUGAUUGCAUGAGUUUCAUAAUCACUUAUGAGAGAAUGAUAUUUGCAGGUUCUUUAUUUAUCAUAAGUUUUGCAUGUGUUUUCUUGCACUUAAUUUAAACCUCUUAGUUCAACAAUCAUGAUUUCAUUCAAAACAUUAUACCAUACUUCUCUAUGCUUAGUUCACGUGAUCCAUUGUGCUUGACUCAAAUCAAGUCCAAAUAUGGUUUGUUAUGUCAUAUUCAAGUCCAAAUUCAAGUAGUCUCGUUCAAUUCAAGCUCAUCUUGAUCAAGUUUGAUUUAAGUUUUAUUUUGUGCUCAAGUUAUACUUAAAUUAAGUUCAAAAAUCUUUGUCCAAGUCCUCGGUUUACUGAAAAUUUCGGCAGCCUCCUGGCGUCUCCCCUAUUUAGGGGAAAACUAUGGAAAACUAGGCCUUCCCACAACGCUAAGAAAAGCGGGUAUGGUAGGUGUCCUCGGUCGAGAACACCACGCCCGUAUUUUAUUCUCCCCCCACCACGCUAAGAGAAGCAUGUAUGAGUUUUCGGUACCUGUUGCAAAAGAAAAGCAAUUGUUUUUCCACAAACGGGUGCUUAUUGGUAUCCCCACUUCGUCGUAUACGUCGCACCGGGUUAACAUCCCACCACGCUAAGAAAAGCAUGUAUAGGCGGUUUUCCGGUGCGCCAUGAACGUCGAAGAAGGGAUUUAGGUGAUUACCUGAUUCGUCGAGAGCACCGCGACGAACUUCCUCCCACCACACUAAGAAAAGCGUGUAUAGGUGGUCAUUUUAUCGCGUUGCACAUGUCAAAAUUGAGCUCUUGGAGUUUUAGUGCUGAGGGGUUAUACCUUUGCAUGGGAACGCCGGUGGAGUUGGCACGAAAAUCAAGACAAACACAUUUUUUUCUCUCUUUUUUUUAGCCGACCAAUCGAAUAAGAAGUAGAAAUCAAAGCUUCUCAAUUUCCUCACUUGAACAAACUUCUUCAAUCGCUUCUCAACUUUCUCAAACUCUUUUCUCUGUAUUAUUUUUGCUAAUAAUAAAUAAUAUUAAUAGUUGGGAAAUUUGGGGAAGUGAAGGUGAUCUCUUUGUCAAAAAGAGUGAUACAGAUGUUUGGCUAUAGAAUAAUAAAGAAAGGAGUUGGCUGGAGGUUUUGAUGCCUUGAUUUAUAGUGAGCUAAAAGUGCAAGCAAGAGGAUAUAUAGUCUGAUUUGAGAAGUGUACUUCCUUGGCAUUCUUAUCUACAGCUCUUCCAUCUCUUUGUCUUCUCUUGCUUGAUUUGCAUAUUUUUUUUGCUCCAGAUUUAUAAAAGAGGCAAUGAUUUUUAUAUCAAGAGAUCCUUUUCUUUUGUUCUGAUUGACAAGCAAGAGCUUGCGUAUCCGUUCCUGGUAUCCUCAGACAAGCAACCAAUUUGGUCUUCUUGUCAAUGCAUCUGCUAGAUGGGUCACAUCCUGCUGCUUGAGGGUCGAUAGUAUGUGGCUUCAUUUCAUUUGAUCCCUCAUCCAAAGUUUCCUUGCUGAUAAUAAAUAAUAUUAAUAGUAGGGAAAUUUGGGGAAGUGAAGGUGAUCUCUUUGUCAAAAAGAGUGAUACAGAUGUUUGGCUAUAGAAUAAUAAAGAAAGGAGUUCGCUGGAGGAUUUGAUGCCUUGAUUUAUAGUGAGCUAAAAGUGCAAGCAAGAGGAUAUAUAGUCUGAUUUGAGAAGUAUUUAUGAAAGAGGCAAUGAUUUUUAUAUCAAGAGAUCCUUUUCUUUUGUUCUGAUUGACAAGCAAGAGCUUGCGUAUCCGUUCCUGGUAUCCUCAGACAAGCAACCAAUUUGGUCUUCUUGUCAAUGCAUCUGCUAGAUGGGUCACAUCCUGCUGCUUGAGGGUCGAUAGUAUGUGGCUUCAUUUCAUUUGAUCCCUCAUCCAAAGUUUCCUUGCUGAGGUCACCAGAUGCUUCACGGUUUCAACAGGAGCUAUGAUGAUUGGGCCCUCCUCAAUAAUCUUUCGAUGCCUUUGCUGAACACUGCAAUCACUACUAUGAAGAGCAGCAAUGUUACCUUGCAGAUCACACAGUAACUGAACUUCCAAAUGUCGGUUCUGAGAUGCCACCCUCAUAAUGAAUAUAGGAGAGCCUGGGAACAUCACCCUGUACUUGCUUGAAUAGAGCUCUAACUUCUUCAUGAUUACGAACUUGUUUGAUUUUCAGACCAGAAGUUUCACAUCCAAUUCCUGAAGCAAGCUACAUUACUUAUAAUGCCUAGCUACUUCUCAUUCCCUCUAAACAUGCUGGAUUAAGUCCCACGCAAGCAUCAGAAUCAAACUAAUUACCCAUCGAACUUGACUUUGUUCCCAUGUCUUCUCUGCCAGCCAAAGAAGAAAGCUACUAGCGGCUCAACCAUGAACUCCGUCACGUGAUCUCCAUCCUCACUGGACUGGAUAGACUGACGGUGCUGAUGAUGUCAUAGGGAUCAUUACACUUGCUGGGUAAAAUAAAAGAGCAUCGAUGAAAGUGGAAGGCCCGGGAGCUUCCAUUGAGCAGACCACUGCUGCCGUGAAACCCAAUGGCGGCGAGGGAAGGAUUGGAGAGAUAGCAACUGCUGGGGUCUGCUCGUGGAAAGGUUGAAAUCUGGACUUGGUGAAGACCGAUCUGGCUUUAUGUGAAGAAUUGGGAGUAUCUUUUUGAAGUUGGAUGGGGAUCUGAGGUGUCAGGACGGCAAGAGUGAAGGCAGGUUGCCGAAUCAGGAUUGGAGGGAAGGCAUGCAUUUGAUGGGUAGAGGCCACGGGACUCGAGGAGGAAACCAAAGCAGCGGGCUUUUUGAGCAGAAAAUGAAACGAGCAAUUUCUUUCUGUUUUGUUUUAAAAUGAUAACGACGAGUUGCUGGAUUGACUCCUCGGCUGAAUUUGCGGGAUUUAGUUUGAAAUCAGCGGAUAUUACGGGAUUUCUAAUGGGGAUUUCGAUUCAAACGAGUUUCUAAAGCAUUGAGAAUAAAUGAGGAUGACCUCCUUCAGCAGAUACUUAUGCGCUCAAGAUGUCACAAAGGUCGUUUGUUAUAUUACUUUGCCAAACAGCAAAGUGAAAGUAUGAAAGAUACUGGUGUUUCGUCUUGGUGCGGUUGGCAUACUGAUCAUGGAUCUCUCACAGGGCUUACUAGUGGUAUGUACAUAAAAAAUGGGGUUGAGGUCUCCUGCCCUGACCUUGCAGCUGGACUAUAUGUCAGAACACGUAACAAUCAAAUUGUCAGAGUAAAUGCCUCACUUCAUCUUGAAAGUACCCAGCUUUUCGGCAAAGCUAAAUUAAAACAGGCUGUCUUUGCGGAAGAUGAACUGGCUUAUCAAAUUGGUGAGAUAACUGAAAUACUAUCACAAGGCCAUCUAUGUGCUACCCCCCAUAGUGUACAGGCACCUAAGGGUGAAGAGUCUAUUGGUGUAGAACGCUCAACUUUUGCCCUUUUUAUGCAGCCUGACUGGGACGAGUUUCUCAAAUUUCCAGCUGAAAUUCAUCAUCAUCAGGAGUUGAUCCCACCAAAUGGAACUCUUACUUUUGGAGAGUAUUCGGAGGCACUUCUCCAUAAAUAUUAUAAUCGAAAGCUAUGAAGAAUUUAUGAUGCUCCCUUGUACGUGAGUGCAUAAUUGAUUAUAAACGAAACAGGGUCCUUCACCAUUGGAAUCAUCUUGGCAAUUGAGGUGCUUGUAUGCAUGUUAUAUUUCAAUGACAAAAUAGUUGGUCUUUUAUUUUUUUUAUAAAAAAUAAAUUCUGUAAUUUAAUUCUACAUUAUUCAAUAUCAAAGAUUUCCGUCAAUAAAUUAAGGUAACAAUGGUUGAUUUUUU